UCCCUUGCGCCUUUCCCCUUUCCCGUAUCCAUCGAAACGUCAAAAUCAAAAAAGUAUAAACAAAAACUGAUUUUCAUAAUUUUGUACAAAAUGGCAAACAUAAAUUCCAGUUUGGCUUAUGAAAUAUUAUUGUAUCUUAAUAGUUUUUAUUUGUUAAUGUUUUUUGUUUGUGAAGUGGCUAUGGGCAUCUUGAAAGCUAUAAACGUGACUUAUCCAGAAAAUGCAUUAGUUACAGAAGGAGGUAUUUUCCUAGCACUUUGUUUGGUGGAAGUCGUCCGUAUAUUCUUGGGAAGGCGAGGAAACUUGGCUAGCAAGAAACUACCAGUAUUCCUCUCCGUAGUCCUCACUAUUCCGUCUGCCAUUGGAGUGUGCUACUUCCUAAUCUACCAGACAUACAUUCUACGGUUGGAAUACAUUUGGUGUGCAGUGAUGCUUAUGUUCCACGCACUAGAGCUUGGCUUUGCCAUCCUCUUCAUCCUUACUGUUUGUAAGAACCAACAGUAUGAAUAGAAUAAAGCCAAAUCUUCAGUGCCAACGAGAUACUGAUGCCAAACAUAGACUGAUUGAUUAUAUAGGUGGAAAGUUAAGAGUGUUGUUUAUAAAUGAGGAAACAUUAUUAGAUGUAGGUACCCACUAUGUGACAAUGUGAUGCCAGUAAUGUUACCUAAUUAGCACAAUAAUAGCUUUUAAGAUGAUAACUACUAUAAUUAAUAGUUAAAACUGUUAGUUUAGAAUAGUUCAAUAUGUUGUUGUAACUAUUCAAUUACUACUUAGAUACUAUUUAAAGCCUAAAUUUUACU